ACGAAUCUGGAAAAUGGAUUUCAGUUGGUUAAUCUAUAAAUCGUUACAAGAGCCAAGAACAAUUUCAUUGUUCCAUAAUCCUUUUCCCAGUAGACCUUGGUUGACGGACACCGGAGCUGCAGCAGCGGUUACUGGCGGUGGCUUAAAGGGAAUUAUAGCUGGAGGUAUAACUGGUGGCAUAGAAAUAUGUAUUACAUAUCCAACUGAAUAUGUAAAAACACAAUUACAACUUGAUGGAAAAUCUGGUGCUAGUAAACAAUAUACUGGAGUAUGGAAUUGUUUGACAAAAACUGUAAAAAAUCAUGGAUUUUUUGGCCUAUACAAAGGCCUUUCAGUAUUAGUUUAUGGUUCAAUACCUAAAUCAGCAGUACGUUUUGGUUCUUUUGAAACAAUAAAAGGAGUAUUGGUAGAUGAAAAUGGCAAACUUAAUACUAGUACUAGCUUAUUAGCAGGAAUGUGUGCUGGUGUAUCUGAAGCUAUUCUUGCAGUUACUCCUAUGGAGGCCAUUAAAGUAAAAUUCAUUAAUGACCAACGAUCUGCUAAUCCAAAAUAUAAAGGUUUCUUACAUGGAGUAAGAAUGAUUGUUAAGGAAUAUGGAUUUAGAGGUAUAUAUCAAGGAUUAACACCUACAAUUUUGAAACAAGGAUCAAAUCAAGCAAUUAGGUUUUGUGUUAUGAACACAUUACAAAACUGGUAUAGAGGUGGAGACAAAGAUGUAGUUAUACCAAAAUUAUUUAUUGGUGCAUUCGGUGCAUGUGCUGGCGCAUUAUCAGUUUUUGGAAACACUCCUAUUGAUGUAGUAAAAACUAGAAUGCAGGGUCUAGAGGCCUCGAAAUACAAAAAUAGUAUAGACUGCGUGGUUCAGAUAUGGAAGAAUGAAGGCCCAAGUGCAUUUUAUAAAGGAACUGUUCCAAGACUAAGUAGAGUAUGUUUAGACGUUGCCAUCACAUUUAUGAUCUAUGAUUCCUUCAUGGAACUUUUCAAUCGAUUCUGGCCUUGAAAAUGGUUAAAUUUGUAUAAUAUACUCCAUACAUAUAUUCCAUAAUAAUAGUGCAAAUGUAGCUUUCAUAAUUAAAUACAUUUUGUAAUUGUACAAUAUAUUUAUAGCAAUACUUUUUUAGAAACGUUUUUACUUUAAAUGCGAUUCAUAAGUAUGUUAUUAUGAUACAUAAUUUAAUCAACGAAAAUUAAAAUAAAACAUGUUUUUUCAAAGUAAAACUACCGUUUUUGGUAGUAAUUAGUCACAACACUGAAAGCUACAGUUGCAUUAUGUGCAAAUUCCGUUAUAUAUAUACACACAUACAUACGUAUAUAUAUAUAUACAUAUGUAUACAUCUUUUUUUAUUUAAUGUACAAUUUAUUUGUUAGAGGGAAAUUCUAAAGUGUAUUUAAUUUAUAGUGAUUUCAAUUCUAUCUGAAGAUAUUGCUUUUUUUCAACGGUGUUCCAUCAGUUUUCUAAUGUAGUUUAAAAUAUUAUUAAAUACUUAACAUUCCUAUACAUGUACAUGAUAUGCAUAAGUUUUGUAUAUCAUUUAUUUCAAGAAAUAAUGGUGUACAGUUUAGUACAAAAUAAAAUGUUUAUUGACCUGUUCGAGGGGAAAUAGAUUGAUAUUUUUAUGAAUUUUUUUUCAAUGAUUAUCAUAUACAUAUUAACAAAGUUCAAAUGAAAUAAAUAUAGGUAGUAAAAACGGAGGUUUAAAAGCUUAUUGGUUACUAAAAACUUAUUGACAGUCAUCUAACCAGGCACGUCUAUCGUUAGAGUCCCUCACGCGACUCGUUCCCUUUCCAUAUACCGUUGUUAUGUUACCUUGUGGUCCUAUUUCUACUGAAAUUUCACUUAUAAUGCAAAAGACGAUACGCUAAUGUUCGCAUUGAACGUGUAUCAUAUAACACGAUAUCAGUCGGCCUGUGGUAUCAUGUUAAUGGAACAGAGCGUGAAGGAAGGCGCUUAAGCUCUAGACAUUCGUUUGGACAUGCCUGAUCUACAUAAUACAAAUGCCAUUAACUAAAACAGUUUACAGAUACAUAUACACUGCUUUAAAUAUGAUAAUCUUCGCUCAGAUAUUGUAAUUUAUUCCAAAAUUAAUCGAACGUUAACAUUUUAUUGUAGCGGCUGUGACAUUGAAAUAGUUUUAUAAAAGUUCCUUCAAAAUAGAAAUCUCAUAAUCACAUAACAAAUGUAGAAUGUCUAUUUUAUUACUUCAAUUAAAGAAAACUAUU